CUUUUGCCGAAGGAGGAGUUGUACAGUCCAUCUCUUGUCAUUAAAGUAAUAGACCACAGACCAUUUGGAAGGAAGCCCAUCGUGGGACAAUGUACUAUUGAUUUACUGGAAAGCUUUCGCUGUGACCCUUACACUACUAAAGAAGACAUUGCACCACAGCUGAAAGUUAGCCUGCUCUCUGCUGCACCUCGCCUGGAUACAGUAAUUGAUAUGGAAGACACACAGCCACUGCUCACGGCUCAGCUUACAGAAAAGGAAGAAGAAAUUGUUGAUUGGUGGAGCAAAUUUUAUGCUUCAAUAGGAGAACAUGAAAAAUGUGGACAGUAUAUUAAAAAAGGAUAUGACACUUUAAAGGUGUACGACUGUGAAUUGGAAAAAGUACCUGAAUUUAAUAACUUAACAGACUUCUGUGAUACAUUUAAACUCUACAGAGGUAAAUCUGAGGACAGUGAUGACCCAUCAGUGGUUGGGGAAUUCAAGGGGUCCUUUAAAAUCUAUGCGUUACCUGAUGAUCCCACUAUUCCAGCUCCUCCUCGCCAGUUCCGGGAGCUGCCAGACAGUGGUCCUCAGGAGUGCAUCGUGCGCAUUUACAUCGUCCGAGCUUUGCAGCUCCAGCCCCAGGAUAACAAUGGGCUGUGUGAUCCUUAUAUAAAAAUAACUCUGAGUAAAAAAGUCAUUGAAGACAGAGAUAAUUAUGUGCCUAACACUCUCAACCCAAUUUUUGGCAGAAUGUAUGAACUCAGCUGCUUCUUACCUCAAGAAAAGGAUCUGAAAAUUUCAGUCUAUGACUAUGACACAUUGACUCGUGAUGAAAAAGUGGGUGAAACCAUCAUUGAUCUUGAGAACAGAUUCCUUUCUCGUUACGGAUCUCACUGUGGCAUCCCACAGCAGUACUGGGUUUCAGGUGUAAAUACCUGGCGUGAUCAACUGAAACCCACCCAGCUAUUGCAAAAUGUAGCCAGGUUUAAAGGUUAUCCUCCUCCUGUGCUCUCUGAGAAUGGGAGAAAGAUCAACUACGGGGGACAGGACUAUACUUUGGAGGAAGCUGAAGCUAACAAAAUCUUGCAUCAGCAUCUUGGUCCAGGUGAAGAGAGGCUAGCCCUUCAUAUCCUCAGAACCCAGGGCUUGGUACCUGAACAUGUGGAGACAAGGACCUUAUAUAGCACCUUCCAGCCCAACAUCUCCCAGGGAAAGCUCCAGAUGUGGGUUGAUGUUUUCCCCAAAAGCUUAGGACCACCAGGCCCUCCGUUCAACAUCACUCCCCGAAAAGCCAAGAAGUAUAUCUUGCGGGUGAUUGUCUGGAACACCAAAGAUGUCCUUCUGGAUGAAAAGAGCAUCACAGGGGAAGAAAUGAGUGACAUUUAUGUGAAGGGGUGGAUGCCUGGUAAUGAAGAAAAUAAGCAGAAAACUGAUGUUCAUUACCGAUCGUUGGAUGGUGAAGGGAACUUUAACUGGAGAUUUGUUUUUCCUUUUGACUAUCUCCCAGCUGAGCAACUCUGUGUAGUUUCCAAGAAGGAACAUUUUUGGAGUCUUGACAAGACAGAAUUCAGAGUCCCACCCAAACUGAUCAUUCAAAUAUGGGAUAAUGACAAGUUCUCCUUGGAUGACUACCUGGGCUUUGUGGAGCUUGAUUUGCAUAAAACAAUCAUUCCAGCAAAAGUCCCAGAGAAGUGUAAUAUAGACAUGAUUCCAGAAUACAAGGCAGAUGGUUCUCAGAAGGCUCCCAGGACUGCCUCUCUCUUUGAACAGAAGUCCAUGAAGGGAUGGUGGCCAUGCUAUGUGGAAAAGGAUGGCUCCCGUAUCCUAGCGGGUAAAGUUGAAAUGACUUUGGAAGUUGUCAAUGAAAAAGAAGCUGAGGAAAGGCCAGCUGGUAAAGGAAGAGAUGAACCCAAUAUGAACCCCAAACUCGAUCUACCAAACCGACCAGACACUUCCUUCCUUUGGUUUACAAAUCCCUGCAAGACAAUGAAAUUUAUUGUGUGGCGCAGGUUUAAGUGGCUCUUUAUAGGCCUUAUCAUCUUGCUGAUCCUGCUCCUGUUUGCAGCAGUUCUCCUCUACUCCCUGCCGAACUACUUGUCAAUGAAGAUUGUGAAACCAAUUUAAAGAAGAGUUUUUUACCUCAUCUUUUCAAAUAGCGCUGAGUUUUUGCCUCAGGCUGUGGACCAAAAUUAGCAAGGCUCUCCAUCCUUUGUACCUGCUUGUAUUUAGAACUGUAAAAUAGAUAAUUAAGACUUUCAAUAAGGUUA